UUGAAUAAUUUCUUAUAAAAAUUAAAUUUUCUACUGAUACGAAGCAAAUGCGCUGAAUCAAGAUUCACAAAAAUAUCCGAUUUGCAACUUUCUCCCUCUCCCCGAUUCAGGUUUAUUCGCACCUAUGGCACUGAGAAUGAUUAGUCGGAAUUUAAGGAGUAAACUAUUGCCCAGGUUUCCUCCUGCUUCUAUGUUGCAUUCUCAUGCUACGAGCUUCGGAUUUAAAGACGUGCCUGAAGAAGAGAAAAGCCGAAUGGUUGGCAACGUCUUCAGCAGUGUUGCUUCAAACUAUGACCUCAUGAAUGAUCUGAUGAGUGGAGGACUACAUAGAUUAUGGAAGGAGAGAUUAGUUUCCAAAUUGAACCCAUUUCCUGGAAUGAAGCACCUUGAUGUGGCUGGUGGUACUGGGGAUGUUGCUUUCAGGAUUCUGGAGACUAUGAACAGUGUCGACCGAAGAGCCAUGCAUGACGUUCUCGAAGAUAAUUUACAUGAAGAUACCCGUAUAUAUGUAUGUGACAUUAACUCAAAUAUGUUGAAUGUUGGUAAAAAGCGUGCCCAAGAGAGAGGACUUGGAGAAGACAGAUCCCUCGUAUGGGUGGAGGGAGAUGCAGAGGCUCUGCAUUUUGAUGACGAUUCGAUGGAUGGUUACACAAUUGCAUUUGGGAUUAGGAAUGUAACUCACAUAGAAAAAGUUCUUGCUGAAGCUUAUAGGGUACUUAAACGGGGGGGAAGAUUCCUCUGCCUCGAACUGAGCCAUGUAGAAGUUCCAGUUUUUAAGCAGUUUUACGAUUACUAUUCAUUUUCGGUCAUUCCAGCCCUAGGAGAGCUUGUCACAGGUGAUCGGGAAUCUUAUCAGUACUUAGUUGAGAGUAUUCGCCGCUUUCCCCCUCAGGAGAAAUUUGCUUCGAUGAUUGCAGAUGCUGGGUUUCGGAAUGUUGAAUAUGAAAAUCUUGUUGGGGGAGUCACUGCUAUUCAUUCCGGGUGGAAAAUUUGAAGCCUUGAUAGUGAAAUCUUAAGUUCUCUGAUUCAUCAAUUCUGAAUAUGAAUUUAUGCAUCGAAAUUGACAGUUAGCUUGCAGGAAAUUUUGUUGAAGUUCACUUGCCCCAUUAUGUGAAAUCGAGUUCAAGGAUAAAUGCACAUAUUAUUAUUCAAAAUAUAAACAUCGUCUAAGUUCGUAUUAGAAAGCCCAGAAGGAAUAUUGGAUAAUACACUAGAAAACAACUGUCAGUUUUGCUGCCGGCUACAUUUUGUUUUGCAUGUAACAUCAAGGAUGAUCCAAGAUAUGUGAACUAUGUGUUCUUUUGCAGUUAUGACUCAUUUCAAUAACGGGCAUAGAAUUUGAUUGAUGGUUUUA